UUAGAGGAAGUUAAAGAAAGGAGGAGCUGAUGAUGUUUAAAGAAAGAGUCGUGACCACAUAAUGUAGAGGACGACUGACAGAAAGGGAUGAUAAAAUGGCUAAGUGUCAUGUGUGUCUGCUGGGACUGAUCAUUCUCUGUUCAUUUUUCAAAGGCACCAGUGGAGUGGAUGAGACUCAUGUGUUAUGCAGUUCUGGUGAAAAUGUCCGUCUGCCCUGUAAUAAUGCUCUUUCUGGCUGCACAUCAACUACAUGGACCUAUAAUAAAUACGAAGAAUCACAGACAGAUGAACUGAUUACUUUAGGGCAAAAGAAGAAUAACAUAGAGAGACAUGAGAGACUGAGUCUGGGGUCUGACUGCUCUCUGAACAUCAAGAACAUCACACAAGAAGAUUAUGGGCUUUACACCUGCCAACAAUUUGUGAAUGGACAAAAACAAGGAACUGAUGCACGUGUUUAUCUGCAUGUUCUUGUCUCUUCAUCAUCCUCACAGACUGAGAUCAGACCAGGCAGCUCUGUGACUCUCUCCUGUCAGUUGUAUUAUUAUGGAGUCUCUUGUGAUAUUUUGGUCCGUACUGAGGGACUUCAGCUGAUCUGGGUGAAUCAGGCUGGUGUUAGUGUGAUGACAGACUCCAGAUAUCAGAUAUCAUUCUCCCCAAAACACUGUAUCAGCAAUCUGACACUCCGGAGUGAAGAUCUCAACAGAGAUUUGAGAUGUCUCAUUAGGAAAAAUGAACUGAAGACCUCAACCACAAAAAGUAACAAGAAUUCAGCUCAAUCUGCAGUGACACCAGUGAUUCUGGUCCACACCACACCAAAACUUCCUACACUCGUGAUGGUUGUUAUCAUUCCUGCAUUAGCCGUUCUCCUUCUUGCUGUUAUGCUUUGGGUGAUUCAUACAAAAAAGGCUGAUAGCAAAGAAGAAGUCGUUGAUUCUGAUGUAAGUUUUAUUUCUUAUUUGGUAAGACCAAUUCAUGAAGCUGCUGACACAUGUGACGUAUUCUGGGAUUCCUGCAGAAAACAUGUCAAAGAGAGCAAUAUACUCUUUCUAGAAUUUACCACAUGGAAACAAACUCAGUGGCUGGUGGAGAGAAGAGAAUCAGGAAAAGUCAAAAUGUUUGUGAUCAAUGCGUUUGUUUAUGAAUGCUGCCUUUAAGAAUGAAUCGCAUAUUAAAGACUUGUCAAUAUCCUAA